UAAACACGAUCUAAACUUCGGUUAAUGAAAUAGUAAUGCCACCCCAAAAGUGAGGUGCAAGAUGUUUGUUCACUUUCAGCUGGGUUUUUAAAAGAUUACUUGAACACUAAUAAUAUUUUUUGUAUUAGUUUAUCUCGAGUCAAUUUUGUUAUAAUCUUUGCGUUCAAAUUUUUAAUGUGAUACCUUGCCAUAAUACAGUAACUUACCAUAAUGGAUGAGGUGGGGGUGCUGGCUGGACAGUUGGCGGCUGCCGUGGAGCUAACAAUGGACCCGGCAGCGCCGCACAGCCAGCGCCACGAGGCCUACAGCGCGUGCGAGCAGUUCAAGGAGAAGAGUCCGCUGUGUGUGCAGUGCGGCCUCUACCUGGUGCAGCGCCAGGACUACUCACACUUUGUGCGCCACUUUGGCCUGCAGCUCAUGGAGCACUGCAUCAAGUAUCGCUGGUACAACUUGGUGCAGGCCGAGAAGCUCUUCAUCAAGGAGAAUGCGAUGAAACUGGUGGAAGCGGGAACCGUGGGAUCGCAUGUCAACGAUACUCACCUGAAGGAUGCCCUGUCCAGAGUCAUAGUUGAAAUGAUCAAACGAGAAUGGCCGCAGCAGUGGCCCACUCUGCUUGCCGAGUUGAACGAGGUAUUCUAUGCAAUCACAAGAUUAACGUCAAAUAUAUAAUGAUUGAGAUGUAAAUAAAAAUAUCAA